ACGGCCUUCGGUGAUUGGCGGAGAGCGGCGGCCGGGCCGUCAAGAGACCCGGGGCUCGUUUGUUUGCGGAAGUAGAAGGAGGUAGAAGUGCUGAGUAAGCCGAGGUCCCUUCACGCCCAGAAUCAGGGAAACUGCGCUGGUGGGGAGCGAUCUGGGUGCCUGGGCAGGAAACCGCUGCGCUUGGUGAGGUGGGCAUGGGAGACCGAGCCCAGCUGACCAGAGACCCCGUUUUCUUCUAGACUGAGGGGGAAGGCGGUGGGGCCUCCUCACCAGCCCCGCAGAAGAUGCAGUUCUUCGGCCGCCUGGUCAAUACCCUCAGUAGCGUCACCAACAUGUUCUCUAACCCGUUCCGGGUGAAGGAGGUGUCUGUGGCCGACUACAUCUUGAGUGUCCGGGUUCAGGAGGAAGGGCAGCUGAUUCUGUUCCAGAACACUUCCAAUCGCACCUGGGACUGCAUCCUGGUCAACCCCAGGAACUCACAGAGUGGAUUCCGGCUCUUUCAGCUGGACACGGAGGCCGAUGCCCUGGUGAACUUCCAGCAGUAUUCGUCCCAGUUGCCGCCCUUCUACGAGAGCUCCUCCCACAUCCUGCACACCGAGGUCCUGCAGCAGCUGACCGACCUCAUCCGCAGCCACCCCAGCUGGUCGGUGGCCCACUUGGCGGUGGAGCUGGGGAUCCGAGAGUGCUUCCAUCACAGCCGCAUCAUCAGCUGCGCCAACAGCACGGAGAACGAGGAGGGCUGCACGCCCCUGCACCUGGCCUGCCGCAAGGGUGACGGGGAGAUCCUGGUGGAGCUGGUGCAGUACUGCCAUGCCCAGAUGGACGUCACGGACAACAACGGAGAGACGGCCUUCCAUUAUGCCGUCCAGGGUGACAAUUCCCACGUGCUGCAGCUUCUAGGGAAGAAUGCAUCUGCCGGCCUGAACCAGAUGAAUAACCAAGGGCAGACCCCGCUGCACCUGGCGUGCCAGAUGGGGAAGCAGGAGAUGGUCCGCGUGCUGCUGCUGUGCAAUGCUCGGUGUAACAUCCUGGGGCCUGGCGGCUACCCCAUCCACACGGCCAUGAAGUUCUCCCAGAAGGGGUGUGCCGAGAUGAUCAUCAGCAUGGACAGCAACCAGAUCCACAGCAAAGACCCGCGCUAUGGAGCCAGCCCCCUGCACUGGGCCAAGAACGCAGAGAUGGCCCGCAUGCUGCUGAAACGAGGCUGCGAAGUGAACGGCACCAGCUCCGCGGGGAACACAGCCCUGCACAUAGCGGUGAUGCGUGAGCGCCAUGACUGUGUCAUGGUGCUGCUGACCUACGGGGCCAACGCUAACGCGCACGGAGAGCAUGGCAACACGCCGCUGCACCUGGCUAUGUCGAAAGACAAUGUGGAGAUAAUCAAGGCCCUCAUUGUGUUCGGGGCAGAGGUAGACACCCCAAAUGACUUUGGGGAGACUCCUGCAUUCAUCGCCUCCAAGAUCAGCAAACCCCCCACGGAGCCGGGCUGCGCGCCAGUGCAUCAUCCCUUCUCCCUGGAAAGAUCUCAGCCCCCACCGAUCAGCCUAAGCGACCUAGAGCUGCAGGACCUAAUGCAUAUCUCCCGGGCCCGGAAGCCGACCUUCAUCCUGAGCUCCAUGCGAGACGAGAAGCGGACCCAUGACCACCUGCUCUGCCUGGAUGGAGGGGGCGUGAAAGGCCUGAUCAUCAUCCAGCUCCUCAUCGCCAUCGAGAAGGCCUCGGGCGUCGCUACCAAGGACCUCUUUGACUGGGUGGCAGGGACCAGUACUGGGGGCAUCCUGGCCCUGGCCAUUUUGCACAGCAAGUCCAUGGCCUACAUGCGUGGCGUGUACUUUCGCAUGAAGGACGAGGUGUUCCGGGGCUCGCGGCCCUACGAGUCGGGGCCCCUGGAGGAGUUCCUGAAGCGGGAGUUUGGAGAGCACACCAAGAUGACGGACAUCAAGAAGCCCAAGGUGAUGCUGACAGGGACACUGUCUGACCGGCAGCCCGCUGAACUUCACCUCUUCCGGAAUUACGAUGCUCCAGAGACUGUACGGGAGCCUCGUUUCAACCAGAAUAUUAACCUAAAGCCUCUAACUCAGCCCUCAGAGCAGCUGGUGUGGCGGGCAGCCCGGAGCAGUGGGGCAGCCCCCACCUACUUCCGGCCUAAUGGGCGUUUCCUGGAUGGCGGGCUGCUGGCCAACAACCCCACGCUGGACGCCAUGACUGAGAUCCAUGAGUACAACCAGGACAUGAUCCGCAAGGGUCAGAGCAACAAGGUGAAGAAACUCUCCAUCGUUGUCUCUCUGGGGACAGGGAGGUCCCCGCAGGUGCCUGUGACCUGCGUGGAUGUCUUCCGUCCCAGCAACCCCUGGGAACUGGCUAAGACUGUUUUUGGGGCCAAGGAACUGGGCAAGAUGGUGGUGGACUGUUGCACAGAUCCGGAUGGGCGGGCCGUGGACCGGGCCCGGGCCUGGUGCGAGAUGGUCGGCAUCCAGUACUUCAGAUUGAACCCCCAGCUGGGGACAGACAUCAUGCUGGACGAGGUCAGUGACACAGUGCUGGUCAACGCCCUUUGGGAGACCGAGGUCUACAUCUACGAGCACCGGGAGCAGUUCCAGAAGCUCAUCCAGCUGCUGCUCUCGCCGUAAGGCUGCCAGGCCCCCAGCCACCCCCAUCCUACCCUCACCCAACCCUGCUGCGGAGGUGGGCCAGGCCCAAGCACCGCUCCGCUGGGCGGAGCCAGGCCCAGGCAGCUCUGUCCACAGACCGGGCCGCAGAAGGUGCUGGGCUUCCUGCCUGAGGCUGGUGCCGAAGGCCUCUCGCUCCCUCUGUCCCAGUCUUCUGGCACUUUAUGUCAUUCCAGGCUUAGAAAGCCUAGAGCCUCACUGGGGCCCUCUCCCUGACAGCCAAGAACGUUGACUCCGUGCCCCGCCCCACCCCCAUCAGCUCACACACUAAGGGUGCCUGUGUGUGCCCCCAACUCCGGCCUCCCAGAGGGCCUUAGGCUCUUCCAGGGCCCCUGGGGGUGCAGCUGUCCCUUCCACUCUCUGCCCUCUUCCCUGGGAGCUGGACUAGAGAAACUGGCCAUCGCCUACCCCAUCAGCAGGGAAGCCUGUGCUCUGGGAAUGGGGUUCUCCAUUCGACUUUGCCCCUCAGCACACACCGAGCCACCUGCGCCCCUGAGCGCUGCCCCACCCUGUGAGCUCGCCUCGGCUCUCAAAGGUUGCUCCUGUGACUUGAGUUUCUCUUCCCAACAGGCAGUGGUUUGUAAGUGGUCUGGGGCUGCCCUAAGCUGUGAAAUAAAUGGUUUGAUUCCA